AUGCCCUCCAAUUUCUUCUCGAAGCUCGUCAAGAAUGCGUCCUCUCAGUAUGCACCAGAGCAUCCUCGCUCUCCUUCUCCUUCUCCGAAACGCCAGCUCCCCUCCAACGGCGUAAACUCCGCCUCUUCAACCGCCAGCACCAGUCGCUCGAGAAGUUACUCUGAGAGUAAACCGAGACAACCUUCAUCCGAAGACGAAAGCUCGGACAACCCCAACGUCACCGUCGUCCCCCCCUCUCCGCGCAGCGCGAGCCAGGGCUCCGAUCUCACCGACGAGGAUGCCACCCCGCGGGCAGAGGUUCCUCCUACACUUGGAAAGCAUUACGGCAAUGGGACUAUCGACAGUAGGAAGAGGAGACCAUCGUCAUUGGCCCAGGUUACUACCAACGCUCCACCGUCGCAGACCACAACCUCCGCGCCGACCGACGAGGAGGGUCUUGCAACACCCACCCCCGCCAGUCGCACCACAUUCCACGAGCAGCCCGCUCCGGAGCACACGAUCUCCCCAGUCCGCUCCUUUGGCAAUCUCAGGAAAAAGAGCCCCUCGCCCAACCACCCACGCUCUUCGACCAUCGCGACGGACCAGUCGCGCACUCCGCAGUCCCCGCUCGAGGUCUCGCAUGUACCAUCCGCCGCCACCCAGAAGUCAUCGAGCCAGGGCAAGUCCAGCCGGAGCAAAAAGUCCAAGGCUAAGGACGUGCAGCUCCCGUCUCGACAUGAACGCUCUGCAUCCGUGCCCUCCACCUUCUCUUCCUCAUCUCUCCCACAACCGCCCAACAUUUCCGUCAUGGAGGAUGGCACGAUCACAUCGCCCACGGUCUCCGAGUCACCCACGGAGGAGAUGCCGUCCAUGCGCCUCCUCAGCAGCAACACCUUACCUAACUUCAGCUCGUCCCUCACCGUCCCGGACAACGCGGAUGCAGUCUCCAUCCGCUCCAACAGCAGCACCGUGACCACGUCGAAGAAGAUGCGCUGGCGCCGGCGGUCGACCCAUUCAGGGAAUGCUCCCGCGCCCGGCCAGUCCCCUUCGGCCAACGUGUCGUCCACGUCCCUGUCUCCCACAAAACGUAAGGGCACGGGCAGCAGCCUCGCGUCGGCCCUUGCCGUUCCGGGCGGCCUCGUCAUGUCGUCUGCUGGUAUGUCUAUCCCUCCCAUCUCAGUUGACACACCCUCCUCGCCCGGCAACUCCAGCCUCUCCUCGCGCAAGCGGCGUGACUCUGACUUCCCCAGGACGCCGCCCUCCGGACGCUCUCGGCGGACGUCGCUGAGCUACCCGACGAGCGAGCUGUCUGAUCGUGACUCGUUCCACUCCGGGGAGGACAUCAUUGGGCUAUCGGAGGACGACGAUGACGAUCUUGACCUAGAUCCAGACGACAUCCCCGUCACCGGCUUCGCUGUCGCGAGCAACAAGCGCAACCAGGACUUCCACGAGCAGUUCCCCACAAUUCCGGAGGGGGACUAUCUUAUCGAGGACUACGGAUGUGCGCUGCAGCGCGAGAUACUCAUCCAAGGCCGCCUCUAUAUAUCCGAGAACCACAUGUGUUUCCACGCUAAUAUUUUUGGUUGGAUCACCGACUUGUGCAUCCCGAUGUACGACGUCACCGCGCUCGACAAGCGCAUGACCGCCUUCGUGAUCCCGAACGCGAUCCAGGUCACGACGCACACCGCGAAAUACACGUUCACGUCGUUCCUUUCGCGUGAUACAGCGUUUGACGUAAUUUUCAACGUCUGGCGGCUCGCGCGCCCCGAGACUUCGUCGAUCGGCUCGCUGGCACAGAGCCCCAGGGGUUCCCUGGACGGUCCGAGUGGCGUUAUGGAAGCCGGCGUGGCGACGCGCAACGGCAACGGCCUAGCUACCCCGCCGGGUGAGGUGGUGAGCGGCAAGGGCCUUCGGGGCAAGGUAACGCGCUGUGCAUGUGGGAGGGCGGGCGAGCACUUCAACGAGGUCGCAAUGGAGAGCGUGUUGCCCGGCACUCCGGAGAAGAUAUACAACCUGAUGUUCACGAGCGGGUUCAUCAAGGACUUCAUGCGGGACGACCAGAAGCUCACCGAUAUUCAGAUCUCGGACUGGAUGCCUACCGCGGACAACCCGAAGCUGCUCGCGCGCGUGAUGUCGUACAUCAAACCGCUGAACGGGAGCAUCGGCCCACGGUCAACCAAGUGCGAGCUGCGCGACGAGACGAUCCACUGUGACUUUGACCAGUACGUCGCGAUGAUGACCACGACGCGGACGCCCGACGUACCCAGCGGCGGUGUAUUCUCGGUCAAGACGCGCACCUGCAUCACCUGGGCGUCGAGCAUAUCGACGAAGGUGCUCGUCACCACACAGGUCGAGUGGACGGGGCGCAGCUUUAUUAAAGGUAUCAUCGAAAAGAACGCGCUUGAUGGGCAAAGAAUGUACCACGCGGACCUCGACAAGGCGAUGCGCGACUACAUCCACGCGCAUCAGUCCGAAUUCAUCCCCGAGGGCGUCGAUGCGGCUGCCGUCGAGGAGUCGACAGAAGCGCAAGCGCCCGAGGUUCCCGUACUUGCCGAGCGCCCGCAGCCGAGCGAGGAGGAAGUCCGCAAAUCGCGCGAAUACGAGCGCAACCAGCGCGGCCUCCAGUGGGCGUACGAAACGUUCGAGGGCACCGCCAAGGUCGCGCGGCAGUCCACCGAGGGCGCGCUGGAGCUCCUCAGGGACGCCUGGGAUCAGUCGUCCACCACCACUAUCUUAUACUUUGUUAUCAUUUUCUUGGCCAUCAGUAAUAUCUGGACAUUGGGCAUGGUCGGGCGGAAGGAGGAGGUCGGCAGGAGAAAGGAGAUGAAGCGCACGGACGAGAGGGAGAAGUGGGUACAGGGCAUCGUCCAGGCGUUGUGGGAGGAGCUGAUCGCGAACAGAAACACGCCUGGAGCCGCACCGUGGCUGCGCUCAACCGGCGAUUGGAAAGAAGAGGUCGCUGAGAUCAAUGUGGUGCUUGAUGCCAUUGACCAGAGAGUGGAGAGUAUCAGAGAGAGCUUGAAGGACCUUGAUUAG